AGCAUAAUAAUGAAGUCCAUCCAACCAUAGUCGCCAACUGCCUUAUCCCCAGACCCCAGAAUAGCCUGCAUUCUGCUUAGGCUCCCGUGGCUCUCUCACUCUGUUGGUAUACUGUUAAGAUCAUUUACGCUCGAGACCCACCAGUUCACUGGUGGCGCAGGCUCUGUUCUGGCUCAGUGCGUCUCGUACGCGCAAUGGAUUGAUGGAGUUGCCAAGUACCUCGUAGUGAACAUGAAUCUUGCGCCAGGUUUUUGGAUUCGUCUUAUGGACUUGGUCAAAUUUGACUUGUCCAGUCGCGAUGUUGGCUUACUGUAUUUGAAUGAUAACGAAUCUAUUUCGUAAAGACAACUGACGGGAUAGACUACUCGGAAAGGGAAUUCCCGACAACCCGAAGCAUGUGUACCUCUCCAGAGUUAUUUUUUUGCGCAAGGUGAUAGUGACGGUGAAGACAGUUGAGCUGCCUUUUCUAGUUGGCUAAGAGGAACGAGUCAAAUACUUACGGAUUACUCCCCUAUGGUUAUUUGACAGGGUCGCCUCGAUCUUAGAGUGGAACGUUAGGGAGGACACUUGUGAGGCUUUAUCGUCUGUUUUACACAUCUUAACGCUUUUCCAACUUCUGGCAUUGGACCACCGUUUUGAAGGAAGACCAUGGCAUCGGAAACCACUCCAGUGUUGUCGAAACAGGUUUUACUUUGGCUGAUUGUAGCAUGCCAGUCUGUGUCGGUGAUGGCUUGUGGCGGGACCUAUGAGUACGCCAUCAAGGAGUUCUGCCUGGGGAAAUUCAGACUGGACAUGGAGGAACUUGACCAGCAUCACUGGUGCAGCUGGGAGGAUACAGUGGAACCUUAUGGUGAGCUCACCAACUGCACCUACCUGAUCGCCCUGAAGAUGGACUGUUUCUGGCCCAACCGGCAGGUGGACGAGUUCUUCAUCCGCAUCCACAAGCAGUACUUCCACGACUGCUCCCUGUCGGGACGGCAGCUGCGUGAUCCGCCCAACCAUAUCCUUGGGCCAUUCAUUGUGGUGCCCAUUCUUGUCACGCUGCUCAUGACUGCCCUAGUGGUGUGGAGGAGCAAACGCAGCGAAGGCAUUGUGUAACCGGGGCCAACCCCAAGCUCCAGGCCCCCAGCCAGGGGAGAAGAGGUCUAGAGGAGGCCCCCUUCACCCUCCACCCAAGACGGAGACAGGUAUACAUAACGCUGCUGCUGCUACUACAGAACAGACAUCACGGACCAGGCAAGGGACUGGGAGGACUAUCAAAGCCUGUAUCAAGGACAACAUUACAGACCAUCUUUGUUACUGUCACUCUGUUGGAGUUGACACUGAGCUACAGCAACAGGAUAUAGGAAAGGACACAGACUACAAGAUGAGGAUUUACAGAACUACACUGAUUAUAACCUGCAGGAGGACUUGUUUAAAAAUGGAGUGUCUGCUUUCAUUACCCUUUAUCUGCAAAUCCAAUCUAGGUGGAGAAUCACAAGCUGUUAGCCAUGAAGGACAGAUGGUGUCUGAUUGGUUUGAAGGACUUCCUGGGCACAUGAGGUAAUUUCCUGUGCAGUGAGUUGGGAUAUACUUUGGCACAGCUCCUGAAGUGGACUUUUGACAGUCCGUCACCGAUUGGUUGAUAGAUAGGAUGAUGCUAUGGUCUCUGUGCUUUAUGGAUGAUGUCUGUGCACUCUAUACUCACCUCAUAAACACUGUCUGGAUCCAACAUCCCCUGUCCCUGUCCCUGUCCCUGUCCCUGUCCCUGUCCCUGUCCCUGUCCCUGUCCCUGUCCCUGUCCUUGUUGCUGUCCCUGCCCUGUCCCUGUCCCUGUCUCUAACAGUCAGAACCAACAUAUUUCUACACUCACCCUUCAAUUCCUUACUUUGGCAUUGUGCCAAAUCGCUGUAAGUUAUCAAAAUAAUAUUAAAAAAAUCGAAUUUGCCAUGAAUAGAAAGUGCAUAUGAAAAAGAGAUGAUUAAAAAUGACUGAUGUGUGUGAGACUGAGGUACAACAUACUGUGCAAAUGAUGAGUAGGGGGUGUGGUAUGAUUGCUAGUCAGCCUAUUGCAGAUCUGGACAAAUGAUCCACCAACCACUAUUAUCCCUAUGAAUGGUUGAUACAGGGCAGGAAAGGUCUACCCCCACUGUACAUUUUGAAUGUGUACAGCAAAGUUGGAUUAAAACAAAGACGUGACGUUGUGAAUCAGUUGCUUUGUAAGAACAUGCUCCGGAACUUUGAUGACUAGUAAUGUGUAGUUCAUACAUGCUUAAUCUAUGAGCAGAAUUACUGUCUUACCUCCAUUAGCCACGAAAUCCCUAGUUUGAAAGCAAAUGUUUUAUGGAAGAUGUGUGGAGCCAUUUUCCCUACAUUUUCCCCCACGCUGGCCAGCCCCCUAGCAAUUACAGUUCCAGCCAAUGUGCUUCAGCCCCUCAUCAUUUGAGUGACAGCUGCAGACACAGCAGAGCGAGAGAGAAAGCAAUGCCGUGGUGCACAUAUCUGCACAUAUGUGACGCAGUAUGCCAUUUUCAGGGACCACUUUUGGUUAGUGAGUGCUAUUUUCAGAACUACUUGCUAAAAAGUAUACAAAGUACAGGAUAAUCUCUAAACAGUGAUUUUGUAUGAUGACUCUUCUCUGCGUAGUCUCACUAGGCUUAAGGUUAGUAGAUUGUUUAGUAAGUUACUGACAAACUGUCAUGUCUGUGUAACAGCAGUGUUGAAUUCCAUAAGCAGAGUAUCCUGCUUAUGGAAUUUUCUGACGUACUCUUUAUCUUAUAAGUAUUGAGAGGUAAAGUGUCUGUGUGUCCAGCUGCUUUUCUAAUUGCCUUUAUAUUACUAUGGCUGAGACCCGGCUUUGCCGUCUGCAAGACCUGGACUCCCAAAGCCCCCGUAGCUACCAGUUUACUCCUAUUCACAGGGAAAUACUCUCUCAUCUCAGCGACCUUCCAACACAGACUUCAAAGCAAUUUGAUUUGCUUUAAGACAUUUAAUAACUUUAUUGGUCCUAUGCUCAGCUCCCGUAUUAAACACCCUCCCCUUCAUUAUGAGUCUUGUCAAGCUCAUAUGUAGAACAUAGUGUACUCUGGGAAACACGGUAAGAGGGUUUAGGGUUUCCCAGGAUGAUGGUGUUGAUGUGAGACAUGACCAGCCUUUCAAGUGACUUCAUGGCUACCAACAUGAGUGCUACAGGGCGUUAGUCAUUUAGGCAGGUUACCUUUGCUUUCUUGGGCACAGCGACUAUGGUGGUCUGCUUGAAACAUGUAGGUAUUACAGACUCGGUCAGGGAGAGGUGGAAAAUGUCAGUGAAGACACUUGCCAGUUGGUUAGCGCAUGCUCGGAGUACACGUCCUGGUAACCCGUCUGGCCCUGCGACCUUGUGAAUGUUGAACUGUUUAAAGGUCUUGCUCACAUCGGGUAUGGAGCGCGUGAUCACAAAGUCAUCCGGAACAGCUGGUGCUCUCAUGCAUGCUUCAGUGUUGCUUGCCUCGAAGCGAGCAUAAAAGGCAUUUAGCUCGUCUGGUAGGUUUGUGUCACUGGGCCGCUCGCGUCUGGGUUUCCCUUUGUAGUCUGUAAUGGUUUUCAGGCCCUGCAACAUCUGACGAGCGUCAGAGCCGGUGUAGUAGGAUUCAAUCUUAGUCCUGUAUUGACGCUUUGCCUGUUUGAUGGUUUGUCUGAGGGCAUAGCGGGAUUUCUUAUAAGCAUCCGGAUUAGUGUCCCACUCCUUGAAAGCGGCAGCUGUAGCCUUUAGCUCGGUGCGGAUGUUGCCUGUAAUCCCUGGCUUCUGGUUGGGACAUGUACACACGGUCACUGUGGGGACGACGUCGUCGAUGCACUUAUUGAUGAAGCCAGUGACUGAUGUGAUAUACUCCUCAAUGCCAUCGGAAGAAUCCCAGAACAUAUUCCAGUCUGUGCUAGCAAAACAGUCAUGUAGCGUAGCAUCCGCGUCAUCUGACCACUUCUGUAUUGUGCAAGUCACUGGUACUUUCUGCUUUAGUUUUUGCUUGUAAGCAGGAUUUACUAAAUUGAGGGAGAGCUUAGUAUGCGUCUCUGUGUCUGGAGUAAAGAUGGCCUAGAGUUUUUUUUGUCCUCUGGUUGCACAUGUGACACGCUGGUAGAAAUUAGGUACCUUAGAUGUAUUAAACAUGGUAGGUUCUCAUGCAUAUAUUAUGUAAUUUACAACUGAUCAAUAAAACAAAGAAAGCUUUGUAGUGUAGUGUAAAUGUAGUGUAAAUGCAAUUACAUUUACAGAAUGUUAAACAGUGCAGUGUGUCAUGACAAAGCUGGUACAGAGCUGACAGGAAUGUGGGAUUUCAGUGUGGCAUGUUCCUGGUUUCCCCACAGUAGUUCUGCAACCAAGGCAAACCUCCAUCUCUUCCUCUUUCCUCUCCAUCUCUCUGUUCUCUCUCUCUCUUCUCCCUCUCCCCUUCUCUCCCUUCUCUUUCUCCUCUCUUUUCCCUCCCUCUCUCCUCUAUCUCUCCCUCCUCUCCCUUGUCUCUUUCUUCAUAUCCCCCCUUUAGAGUUUCAUGAACUUGUCAGGUUUCCCUUGUUGUGUUAGCCAGAGGGACAAAGUCAUAAUAUCAUAAUGCAACACACCAGCUACUGUCGUUAGAUCGCUAACACUGAACCGGUUAUGAAAUCAUUAAGAAAGGAUAGGUGAGCAAUGGAACAUAUGGUGGUAGCCUAUGUCCAGGUUUGGGUUGGUUACUUUCUAAAUGUAAUCCAUUACAGUUACUAGUUAUCUGUCCAAAAUUGUAAUCAGUAACGUAACUUUUGGAUUACUCAAACUCAGUAACGUAAUCAGAUUACCUUCCCCUUAAGAGGCACAGGUUAGUUGCUGGCACAGUCACAAAGUCAUAAAAUCAGAUUUUAAACCUAAACCUAACCCUAACCUUAAAUUAAGACCAACAAUAUUUUGGGGGUUUUCAAUUUUGAUUUUGCAGUUGGCCCAUCUAGUGGAAAUCAUCAGUUCUCCCUCAAGGACAAGACUCAUCCCAAAAAAACGUCAAUCUGCUUAAGAGGCAUUAGAAGCAGACAAAAAUGAAUAUUACUGAACAAUUAUUGAACAACAUCUAUUGCAGAAUAGAUCAAUGUUAGAACUUACAUAGCUGGCCAUAAAUGGAUGUUGAAUUUUACUUUGUGGGUUGGUUUUGAAGGAUUAUUCUAACCCAUUGCUUUCUACUACAGAUAAUAAUACAAUUAUGAAAUAUCUUUACAUAAGAAAAAAAAACAGUCUGUCAGAUUUCCAGUCAUUCCAAUUAAUGUAAUACCCCUUGAUCUGAAAGAAUAGUACUCGGAAAUAUGGAAAUAUAUAUUAAUAAAUUAGUUUUACUUGAGUAUAAAAACAAAGGACUAAUUAUCCUACUCUGUUUAUGAUUUUGUGGUCAUGGAGGACUGAUUGGGUUCAUUGCUUCUAGUUGAAAAAUGCUGCUCUCGGAAUGUCAUGCACUGAGAACUACCGAAAGUGCUAUUUGCAUGUAAAAAAUGCAUUCCAUAUGCUGAAUUUGCUAUCGGUCAAUUGUUUAUGUUUUUGUUGGUGACAUUGAUCAUUUGAAGCUGUUUAAGUCUAUCUAAAGGGUGUGUGUUUGAGCACGUGCCGUCAGGCCUGUGGACUUCUUAAAAAAUCAGCAUGAAUUAGAUUGACCAAUAAAAGCCCCACUUGUGGUCUUCUUAAAUUAAACUCGUUUUGACAGUAUGCAUCACAAUACCACAGAGGAGGUUAGAAGGGAGGAACUUUUAUUCCAUAGACUGGGAUCCGCACUAUGCAGCUGUUGCAAAAGCACAUUUUCCCUGGUUGUCCACUGGCCUGGGGCAUACUUAUUAUGCCGAUUCUGUUGCAAAACGUUUGCCCUGUUUGCUUCCAUUUGGUUCUUAAACGGUAAACGGUUUCCGUAAUGAAUACACCAUUGGUCGCAAAACCAAUUAUAAUAGGUAGCUUAAACUUCUUCAAUUCAACCAUUAUUGGGUUAAAAUGCACCUAUACAUUUGUGAACAGUCAUCCACAAUCCAUAAAAGUCUAAAUAGCUAAAUGAGAGAGCAGCAGUGUGAUUCACAUCAAUGCACUAUGUAGCCUAGAUAUUAAUAAUAAGUGAUAUCAGUAUCGUAAGAACUGGUCAAGAAACCCAACCGCAGUCCCACAUUGUUAUUGUAGCCCAUGGGAUGACGCAGCUCACUUGCCAGCCUUGGUCGUAGCAAUUUUGACAGAGAUUCUCACGUGGACCAUUAUAUUAGGCUAUAGGUAUUACUGCGCUAUAUCAGCAAAUGGGCUAGACAGAGUUUGGAGACAGGUGAGUUGAAGAGACUUAUUCUCUUGAGCUAUCUUUUAUAGCCUACCGACAUCUCCAUUGGCCGUGCAGCAUUUAAGGUGAUAUGGCCUCAGCAGAAGUCAGGACAUUCAUACUUAUUGCGCUUUGCCGUGCAGCACAGAGCUGUUGUGAAGGAAGUUGUCAAGGAAGUGAGUUGUGUGUUUAUAUAGGGACCUCCUGCCCUCACCUACCAACAACAAAUCAUGUCAGUGCAGAGCUAUACCGAGUCCUCUGCAUUACAACAUUUGAGAGGAAUUUGAGAGGUGCACAGCUAUGCGGUAUGGAGCUCCAUUUGGCCUCUGCAUGUCUCCAGAGGCACUGCGAUUGCAUCACACCAUCCAUAAGGCGCCUUCGACCACAUUUUCGGAUCAAGCUUAAAUUGGCUCUUAGGAGUGGGACAUUUUUCAGACGGAGACAAAUAUGGGUGAUCAAUAUUUAUUUAUUUAUUCUAGGCGAUGUAGAAAUAGCCUAAUCAUUUAGGAAGUGCAUUCCCUUGGAAAGAUAAAUGCCCCAUGCUUCUCCGCACAUGCAUAGGCAGCCUAGUCUAUUCAGUGGCAACCCUCAUUCAGGCCCCACUUUUGUUUGAGGGGGGGGGGGGCUUGCCUGUUAUGCAUGUUAUUUUGGCAUUAAUGUGUCACAUAUCAGUUUGCGAACAAUGUAAAAAAUGAUAUAUAUCAUUGUGUUAAUAAAGCCGCAUACAAACAUGG